AUAAGUGGACAUUCCUGCAAAAUAUUUUAAAAAUGAGAAUACAAAAGUAGGACCAGUCAUCUUUACUCUAUUACCCCUAAAAGUAUUCAACAAAUAACCUUCAGAAGGCACCUGUUGUUUUAAAAUAGAUUUAAAUCCAACCCCACAGCAUGGUAUUUUAUUGAGAUGUAUCCAAAAAGGGGAGUGAUACUGUACAUAUCCCACUUUUCACAUCUGUAUUUGCAAAGUUAUUUGUAAACCAUUUUCUAUCCACUUUUUUGUGUUGAUCUAUCAAAUAAAAUCUCCAAUUUAUUCCAGGUUUUUGGUGAUUUGGAGAAAAAACAGAACACAGACAUUUGUAGAUGGAUGUGUCAGAUCCCUGAUGUGUGUGGUUUCCAGUUGUUCAUCUGAUCUCCUCUCACGUGGUGACAGGAGGGGGAGGCGGUUCUGGACUGAAGUCGGGGUGCGAAAAAAAGGAGGAGUGUAAACUUAAACAAGGAAUGGGAGAGAUAGUAGUGUUAGAGGCUGCAGGGGGACAGGAAGGACAAGCAGCAGACUCCUCACUUUUUUUUCCCAGAUUUUAAUAUCCUUGUUAAUAUGCGUAUUUUUAUUUUACUGUCCAAACCAGACAGCUGGAUUCUGCAUGUCACACAUUGGCUUGUUUUAUUGGUCUGCUGAUAAGAGAAGGCUUAAACUGGACUAAUAAACUGUUUUACGCACAACGUUUUCAUUUAACGAAUGAAACGAAAAUGGAUUUUUUUUCUCCCCUCUGAUUGAUUUCAAAUGAUCAACUGCUUGACACCUUGGGAUAAACUUUUAAUUUAUAUAUUUAUAUAUUUUUUCUGGCUUAUUGUAUGCUGCGCAGGAAGAGUCUGAUAAGAAUAGGAACAUUAUUUGGCACACUCAAAGAGGACUUGUGAGCUGGACCCGAACUCUCACAGUCUCCAUUAAUUAGCCGGAGGAGGACGCGUGGUGAUACUUCUCACGCAUGUCUCAACAGCAGAGCACUUUGCCCCGCACUGGCUGCUCGGCGGUGCCGCGGCGGACAAUCAUGGACAACAGGCCCGUCCCGAGGAGGCGGACCGGAGCCGUCCGACAUCUGCUACAGCUGGCGUGCGUCGUCCUCGCCUGCAGCUCCCAGCUUCUGAUGGUGGAGGCGAAUUCGUGGUGGUCUCUAGGUCUGACCCCGAUCCAGCGGCCCGAGAUGUACAUCAUUGGUGCUCAGCCUCUCUGCAGUCAGCUUUCUGGCCUUUCACAGAGUCAGAGGAAGCUGUGCCAGCUGUACCAAGACCACAUGAGCUACAUCGGAGACGGAGCGAGAACGGGCAUCAAGGAGUGCCAGUACCAGUUCAAACAGAGGAGGUGGAACUGCAGCACUGUGGACAGCACGUCCGUGUUUGGACGGGUCAUGCACAUUGGCUCAAGGGAGACGGCAUUCACGUACGCCAUCAGCGCGGCCGGUGUCGUCAACGCCAUCAGUCGGGCGUGCCGCGACGGCGAGCUCUCCACAUGUGGCUGCAGCCGCACCGCCCGGCCCCGCGAUUUGCCGCGCGACUGGCUGUGGGGAGGCUGCGGCGACAACGUACAUUACGGCUACAGAUUCGCCCGGGAAUUUGUGGAUGCCAAGGAGCGGGAGAAGAAUUACCCGCGCGGGUCGAGAGAGUAUGCUCGAAUUCUCAUGAACCUGCACAACAACGAAGCGGGGAGACAGGCCGUCUACAACCAAGCCCAUGUCGCCUGCAAGUGUCACGGAGUCUCUGGGUCCUGCAGUCUGAAAACUUGUUGGCUUCAGCUGGCUGACUUCAGGCGAGUCGGAGAAUUUCUGAAAGAGAAAUACGACAGUGCUGCGGCCAUGCAGAUUGGACGCAAGGGAAAGCUGGAGCUGAAAGACAAGCGCUUCAACAACCCGACACCUGAGGACAUGGUCUACAUUGACCCAAGUCCCGACUACUGUCUCCGGAACGAAACCACAGGCUCGCUGGGAACGCAUGGCCGCUACUGCAACAAAACCUCAGAGGGUAUGGACGGCUGCGAGCUGAUGUGCUGCGGCAGAGGGUACGACCAGUUCAAGACAUACAAGCACGAGCGCUGUCACUGCAAGUUCCACUGGUGCUGCUACGUCAAGUGCAGGCGCUGCACAACUCUCGUGGACCAGUUUAUGUGCAAAUAGCACAAAAAGGCGGGUUAACUCUGACCCAAAGAAAUGGGAGUGAAAAGAGAGGAGAGGAAUGAUGAUAUCCAUUUUAAUAUAAAGAGCUGAUCAAUGGACUGAUAUAUAUACAUAUAUAUAUAUUAAAAAAAAGAUGUCCAAUAUUCUGAUCACGGUCCUGAUGGAAGAACAAAACGGCACAAACGAGGAUGAAAGGGAAAAAAGGAACAGGUUUCAAUCCCUUAAAGUGGGGACACAUUUGACCUGUGUGAGCUGAAGAGAUAAAAAUAAAUAUAUAAUUAAGAAAUAAAUAAAUCUACAACUUACACAUUUUAA